AUGGAUUCAAUCAUGAACCUCAGUCAAACUGGGAGAGCUGAAUAUUUCUGUUAUGAGACUGAGAAUAGAUCUUGCCCAAGGUUCAUCUAUCCAACAGCAAUACGGGCUCCACUGUACGCUUUCUUUGGGUUUGCCAUCGUUCUCACCGUAUGUGGAAACCUACUCGUUAUCAUCGCCAUCGCUCACUUCAAACAGCUUCACACGCCAACCAACUACCUCAUCCUAUCGUUGGCUGUAGCUGACCUCCUCCUGGGGGGAAUCAUUAUGCCAGGUAGCAUGGUACGCACGGUGGAAACCUGCUGGUAUUUUGGAGACUUGUUCUGCAAGAUCCAUGCAGGCACAGGUGUCACGCUAUGCACCGCGUCCAUUUUAAAUCUGUCUUUCAUCUCCAUUGAUCGAUAUUACGCCGUUUGCCAACCCCUCCACUACCACACCAAGAUCACCACUGGGGUCGCAGUGACCAUGGUCCUGGUCAGUUGGAUCGUGUCUGCCUCUGUUGGUUUCGCCAUGGUAUUUUUGGAGUUGAACAUUUUGGGCAUUGAGGACUUUUAUUAUAACUAUAUUGCUUGUGUAGGAGGGUGUGUUUUAUUUCAGUCUGCAGCUUCAAGUUCAAUAUCUUCAAUCCUCUCCUUCUACAUCCCAGGGUUCAUUAUGGUUGGAAUCUAUCAGAAAAUCUUCCGUGUUGCACAGGAGCAAGCCCGUUCCAUCAACAGCAUUGCCUGUCAGAAUGUGAACUUUGAAAAAAACAAAAAAACUGUAAGCAACUCGGAGCGAAAGGCCACAAAGACUCUUGCAAUUGUUAUGGGGGUAUUCCUGUCAUGUUGGACCCCAUUUUUUGCAUGCAAUGUCAUUGAUCCAUAUCUGAAUUAUUCCAUUCCACCUGUGUUUCUUGACACACUUGUGUGGAUUGGAUAUUUAAAUUCUGCGUUUAAUCCUAUUGUUUAUGCUUUCUUUUACAGUUGGUUCAGGAAAGCAUUAAAAAUGAUAAUUUUUGGAAAAAUAUUUCAAUCUGAUUCCUCAAGAGCAAAAUUGUGUACAGACUGA